GGAAGUGAGGUCAACCCGGAGGCUUUCCCGGGAGUUCACUGUUUCCCGCAGAUCAGAGGAGUUGGUGCCUCGGUGUAGAUGGUGGGAGGGCCAAGAAGAUACUGAUUUCGGCUGCCCAACCCAGGAAUUAAAUGACCCGUUUGUGUCAGGCAUUGUGUUGUACCUUGCUGACCCUGAGGUGCCUGUCAUCAUGGGAAACCAACUUGCUGGCAUUGCUCCUUCCCAGAUCCUCUCUGUAGAGAGUUAUUUCUCAGACAUCCAUGACUUUGAAUAUGAUAAGAGCUUGGGAAGCACUCGCUUUUUUAAAGUUGCCCGAGCGAAGCACCGAGAAGGCCUGGUGGUUGUGAAGGUCUUUGCAAUUCAGGAUCCCACGUUACCCUUAACCAGUUAUAAACAGGAGCUGGAGGAACUCAAGAUCAGGCUUCAUUCUGCACAGAAUUGCUUACCUUUCCAGAAAGCAGCAGAAAAAGCAUCUGAAAAAGCAGCUAUGUUAUUUCGGCAGUAUGUGAGGGACAACCUCUAUGAUCGCAUCAGUACCCGGCCCUUUCUAAAUAACAUCGAGAAGCGCUGGAUCGCUUUCCAGAUCCUGACCGCAGUGGACCAAGCGCACAAAUCUGGAGUCCGGCAUGGGGACAUCAAGACUGAGAACGUGAUGGUCACCAGUUGGAACUGGGUUCUUCUAACGGAUUUUGCCAGUUUUAAGCCCACUUACCUUCCAGAGGACAACCCAGCAGACUUCAACUAUUUCUUCGAUACCUCUCGGAGGAGGACUUGCUACAUUGCUCCUGAACGUUUUGUUGAUGGUGGCAUGUUUGCCACUGAGUUAGAAUAUAUGAGAGAUCCCUCAACUCCACUCGUAGACUUAAAUAGCAAUCAGAGGACGCGAGGAGAGUUGAAGAGAGCAAUGGACAUCUUUUCAGCAGGAUGUGUGAUAGCUGAGCUUUUCACAGAAGGUGUGCCAUUGUUUGAUCUCUCUCAGCUUUUGGCAUAUAGAAAUGGACAUUUUUUCCCUGAACAAGUGCUAAACAAAAUUGAAGAUCGCAGCAUCAGAGAAUUGGUAACUCAGAUGAUUCAUCGUGAGCCAGAAAAACGUUUAGAGGCUGACGAUUACUUAAAGCAGCAGCGUGGCAAUGCCUUCCCUGAAAUAUUUUAUACUUUCCUGCAGCCUUACAUGGCUCAGUUUGCCAAGGAAACUUUUCUCUCUGCAGAUGAGCGAAUUUUGGUUAUUCGGAAGGAUUUGGGCAACAUUAUUCACAACCUCUGUGGACAUGAUCUACCAGAAACUGCAGAAGGGGGGCCCAAGGAGAGCGGGCUGGUUAUCCUGGUGUCAGUCAUAACAUCCUGCCUGCAGACUCUGAAAUACUGCGAUUCCAAGCUGGCUGCCCUGGAGCUUAUUCUCCAUCUAGCCCCCAGAUUAAGUGUGGAGAUCCUUCUGGAUCGCAUUACUCCAUAUCUUCUGCAUUUCAGUAAUGACUCUGUCCCUAGAGUGAGGGCUGAGGCCCUGAGGACGUUGACCAAAGUCCUCGCCCUUGUCAAGGAGGUUCCUCGGAAUGAUGUCAACAUCUACCCGGAGUACAUUCUCCCAGGCAUGGCCCACCUGGCCCAGGAUGAUGCCACGGUCGUUCGGCUGGCCUACGCUGAAAACAUAGCUCUGUUGGCUGAAACAGCUCUGAGAUUCCUGGAAUUAGUGCAGCUAAAAAAUCUCAACAUGGAAAAUGACCCUAAUAGUGAAGAAAUGGAUGAAGUUACACAUCCAAAUGGGAACUAUGACACAGAGCUCCAAGCCUUACACGAAAUGGUCCAGCAGAAAGUUGUCACUUUGUUAAGUGACCCUGAAAACAUUGUGAAACAGACUUUAAUGGAGAAUGGAAUAACGCGGCUGUGUGUCUUCUUUGGACGUCAGAAAGCCAAUGAUGUUCUGUUGUCACACAUGAUCACCUUCUUAAAUGACAAGAAUGAUUGGCAUCUGCGGGGGGCUUUCUUCGAUAGCAUAGUUGGUGUUGCCGCCUAUGUGGGCUGGCAAAGCUCCUCAAUCCUCAAACCUCUGCUCCAGCAAGGGCUCAGUGAUGCUGAGGAAUUUGUUAUUGUGAAAGCUCUUAAUGCCCUUACCUGUAUGUGCCAAUUAGGGCUGCUCCAGAAGCCCCAUGUCUAUGAAUUUGCCAGUGAUAUUGCCCCCUUCCUGUGUCAUCCUAAUCUCUGGAUACGCUAUGGUGCAGUGGGAUUUAUCACAGUGGUAGCCCAUCAAAUAAGUACUGCUGAUGUCUACUGUAAACUGAUGCCUUAUCUUGACCCAUAUAUUACCCAACCAAUAAUACAGAUUGAAAGAAAACUUGUUCUACUCAGUGUUUUAAAAGAGCCGGUGAGUCGGUCUAUAUUUGAUUAUGCUUUGAGGUCUAAAGAUAUCACGAGCUUGUUCAGACAUCUCCACAUGCGGCAGAAGAAGCGCAACGGGUCCCUUCCUGACUGCCCUCCGCCUGAGGACCCUGCAAUCGCGCAGCUUCUGAAGAAACUGCUCUCACAGGGAAUGACAGAGGAAGAAGAAGACAAACUUCUGGCCCUGAAAGACUUCAUGAUGAAAUCGAAUAGAGCAAAAGCAAAUAUAGUAGACCAGAGCCAUCUUCAUGACAGUAGUCAGAAAGGUGUGAUUGACUUGGCAGCUUUAGGCAUAACAGGGAGACAAGUUGAUCUUGUUAAAACCAAACAAGAGCCAGACGACAAACGGGCUAGAAAACAUAUAAAACAGGACUCGAAUGUAAAUGAAGAGUGGAAAAGCAUGUUUGGGUCACUGGAACCCCCAAAUAUCCCACAGGCCCUGCCUAAAGGGAGUGACCAUGAGGUGAUACAGCCUGGGAAGCCGCCCCGUUCUGAGUCCUCUGCUGGCAUCUGUGUCCCUCUGUCAACUUCUCCACAGGUUUCAGAAGUAGCAAAUAUCCCCAAUAAAAAACCAGCAAUACAAGUUUUAAGUAGCACAGUUUUACCAUCUACGUACCAGAUUCGGAUCACAACGUGUAAAACUGAGCUUCAGCAGCUCAUACAGCAGAAACGGGAGCAGUGCGCCGCUGAGCGCAUAGCCAAGCAGAUGAUGGAGAAUGCUGAGUGGGAAAGCAGACCGCCUCCACCUGGGUGGCGUCCUAAAGGGCUGCUAGUCGCACAUCUUCAUGAGCACAAAUCUGCGGUGAAUCGAAUUAGAGUCUCUGACGAACACUCACUUUUUGCAACUUGUUCAAAUGAUGGCACAGUGAAAAUCUGGAACAGUCAGAAGAUGGAGGGGAAGACCACCACAACUAGGUCUAUUCUUACAUACAGUAGAAUUGGAGGACGAGUCAAGACUUUGACGUUCUGCCAAGGCUCCCACUACCUAGCCAUAGCAUCUGACAAUGGUGUUGUCCAGCUCCUUGGAAUUGAGGCUUCUAAGUUACCCAAGUCUCCCAAAAUCCAUCCUCUACAAAGCAGGAUUCUGGAUCAGAAGGAAGAUGGCUGUGUGGUAGAUAUGCAUCACUUUAACUCUGGGGCACAGUCCAUUCUUGCCUAUGCUACUGUGAAUGGCUCUCUGGUUGGCUGGGACCUCAGGUCUUCAAGCGAUGCAUGGACAUUAAAACAUGACUUAAAGGCAGGUCUCAUCACUUCCUUUGCUGUGGACAUCCACCAGUGCUGGCUCUGCAUAGGUACAAGCAGUGGUACCAUGGCAUGUUGGGACAUGAGGUUCCAGUUGCCAAUUUCCAGUCACUGUCAUCCUUCCAGAGCUCGAAUCAGGCGCCUCUCAAUGCACCCCUUGUAUCAGUCUUGGGUAAUCGCAGCUGUUCAGGGCAACAAUGAAGUGUCCAUGUGGGACAUGGAGACUGGUGACAGAAGACUGACUCUCUGGGCCAGCAGCGCACCACCACUUUCUGAGUUACAGCCUUCUCCUCACAGUGUCCAUGGUGUCUACUGCAGUCCUGCAGAUGGAAAUCCUAUCCUGUUAACAGCUGGCUCAGACAUGAAGAUAAGGUUUUGGGACUUGGUUUCCCCAGAAAGGUCCUAUGUGGUAGCGGGGAGCACUGGUUCUCCAUCUGUGUCCUACUACAAGAAAAUAAUAGAAGGCACUGAAGUCGUCCAGGAAAUUCAAAACAAGCAGAAGGUGGGGCCCAGUGAUGACACCCCGAGGCGGGGCCCGGAGUCUCUGCCUGUGGGACAUCAUGACAUCAUCACGGAUAUCGCCACCUUCCAGACAACCCAGGGCUUCAUCGUGACAGCCUCUAGAGAUGGGAUUGUGAAGGUGUGGAAAUAAACCUUCUGACUUGUACAGAUUAUUGUAGUUAUAUGUGUACCAUAAUAAAGGAGAAAAGGUGUUUCUAGAGAACAAACAUGAAGACAGAUUUAUUUGCUUAGUUUUUAAAAUAAUGUCUAUGUUGCUGUUUCAUGACUAAACAAACCCCGCCCACCGUGGUUAGGGAAGUUGAUAUGAUUAGUCUCUUCCUGAAUCUCUGAAGAGUCAGCUAGCCAACGCUAUCGGGGAGCUCUCAUGUAUGUUGGGGUGAGAAAUGUAAAGAGAAAGAGGAAUAUGAUGUCCAGUUUAUUUUGUAUUGAAAAAGAUGCUUGUAAGCUAUUAUAUAAACAAUUUUGCUAUUAUAAAUGCUAUUCAAACCUGUAAGUAAACUAUAUUCAAGCAUCCCAUGAGUUUUGGUCUGUUUUGGGUAGUAUUUUAAGUAACAGAAGCAAGGGGACAAACUCUCAUGGCAUUUGUUCUGAAGUGAAGAAGUAGACUGUCACUAGGAAGCAGUGCCAGAACUGGGCCGGGCUCAGCCCUCAGCCUCUCUGCUGCCCCUCAGCAUGUCUUUGUUCCUGUUUUCCAAUCAGCCUUGUUAACUGUUUAACACUGUAGCGCUGAUUUCCUGUGUGUCAGCUCUAGAACAACAUGGCUUUUCCUGGCCAUCAUCAUUUUUAUAGGUUCUACCAUAACUUCUGUAACUUGACCCGUCAGCUUGCAUUUGUCCAAUGUAGAUUAUUUAUGAAAUGCAUAAAAAGGCAAAAAAGGAUCAAGCUAAAACCAUGUCAAAACUUAGUAUUUUUAAAUUGCCCAAAUUGGCCUUUCCUGUUGAUAUAAAACUUUCAAGCUAACAAACUGUUUGUAUGCAGACUUCAUUCUUUCCCUCCAUUUUAUUGUCAUCUUUAUAGAGGGUUUAUGCUGUUUGGAAUAUUCCAGUUUGGAAUUAGUUACCUGAGUGUAACCCCAAAUAGCUGAGUAGAUAACCUGAGUCUGAGGAGCAUACCACUUGUUAAAUGCACUAAAUACACUUCAUUUGUGUACGUACCUGUGUUCAGCUCUGUACUUCAACACACUUAGUUUUUGGAUGGGUUAAACAACAGAAUUCUUAAGAAAUGCCAGUCAUUCAGAAAGGUCAAGGCUGGUAGUAACAGGUCCUAACUAGACCACAUCAUAGCCUAGUGGCUUUGUAGACUUUGGAAGUUUGGCAUGGCAAGCGCUGGCUUGUGGUGCCCAUUUCCCUUUAAACUGAAAAGACUGUUAUGAUCAGGUUUCUGGCUGCUAAGUCCUCAGGUUGCAUAGGUUGAAGAGAGUGUGUUUGGUUUGUUUGGUACAUAAAGUAUUGCAUGGAGACUGGCUUUGGGCCUGGAGCCAUUAGCUAAGCUGUGCACCUGAAAGCUCCGAGGAGAAAACAAAGUGAAAGAUGGGCCUUUUCUCCAUUUCCUUCUUACUGUCCGUUCCCCACGCCAUCCCACAAAUGGCCCACUUUGUAAAAAGGCUAUUUCAAAGCCUUGGUACCAUUGCAGUCUGAUAGCAUGUUAGGUUACAUUUCUUUUUUACCUCUACUCCCCCUUCCCCCUUUAACAGAUUUGAUUCAUAGCUCAGUGACAGAUCCAUUACAGUCGAAGCCAAGCAGCACCACUGCUCCUUGUGUGUGUGUUGACUUAAAUACAGCCAUAUUAAAUUUAGAUUC